UCCGCACGGCGCCCCGUCCCCUCGCUCAGCACCGCGCCCGCGCCCCGCCCCCUCAACCCUUUCCGCGCCCCGCAUCCCCGCCCUGCCCUCGGACGCGCCCAGCUCCGGCGCAGGCGCACAAGGCGCCGCCGACCGGAAGAGCGCGUGCGCCCGCGGGAGCCCUGCUCGCGGGCGGCCAGGAGGCGUGGGCGUGGAGCCGGCCGCCCAGCGAGAAGCCCCGGGGCCGGCGCGGCCCGGCGCGGCGCGGAUGGCCCUGCUCCUCCUGCUUCUCCUGCCGGCCGCGGUCGGGGGCCAGGAGCAGGCCCAGGCCACCGACUGGAGGGCCACCCUCAAGACCAUCCGGAACGGCGUGCACAAAAUAGACACCUACCUGAACGCCGCCCUGGACCUGCUGGGGGGCGAGGACGGGCUGUGCCAGUACAAGUGCCGCGACGGAUCUAAGCCUGUCCCACGUUAUGGUUAUAAACCCUCCCCACCAAAUGGAUGUGGCUCUCCACUGUUUGGUGUUCAUCUUAACAUCGGCAUCCCCUCCCUGACGAAGUGCUGCAACCAGCACGACCGCUGCUAUGAGACCUGCGGCAAAAGCAAGAACGACUGCGAUGAGGAGUUCCAGGAUUGCCUCUCAAAGAUCUGCCGGGACGUGCAGAAGACACUGGGCCUGGCUCAGCACGUGCAGGCCUGUGAGACAACAGUGGAGCUCCUGUUUGACAGUGUCAUCCACUUAGGCUGCAAGCCGUACCUGGACAGCCAGCGUGCCGCGUGUAGGUGUCGCUAUGAAGAGAAAACUGAUCUUUAAAGAAGAUGCUGACAGGUGGUGAUAGCGGUUGAGGACGGAGGAACGUACCCAGUGACAAAGAACUAAUGUUUUUACAGCAUAACACCGCCUUAUUUUUGUGAAAGGAUUAUUUUAAGACCUUGUUUUGACAUUAAAACUUCAAACUAAAGAAAAAAGGGGAGGUUAUCUUCCUGGAUGUUGCUCCCAGUGGGCCCUGUUGUCUUGACCAGUGUCAGAAAGAGGUGCGUGUUAAGGGGAGAAUUUUGAAAGAAAGAGUCUGUAACUCACUUUUCACAACCAUAUUUACCCAAAAAAUGAGGUCAACGUAAAAUUCAUCAAAUAGUAUGUUCAACAUUAUUUUAUUUGGAAAUAUCAGGAGGUCUUCACUUAGAAGUAUAUUUGUUUACUAUAAAAUUUCAAGUAUACAUUUAUGCCUGGAAGGAUCUGACUUUAUUUUUUCUCUGUUUUAAUUAACACAUAAUCGACUCGUUUUGUGUAGCCCAUUGAGUAUAUGAAUGUCAUACUUCUUUAAUGACAGGACCAGUUACAAGAACAAGGUUUCCAUGUCUGUUUCUCUUGUAAAAUUGGAACCAUCAGCUGGUGACCUCUUGGGGACCAAAAUCCAGGGUAUCUAGGUAUAUGUAGUGUGCCUAGAAGGUGAUGCAAACCAAAUUCGGAAGCACAGCCACUCCCAAUUUAUGAACCACUCAUAUGACAGAUAUCGUCUUUUGCUGCAACCUUUGCCUAAAUUGGAGAAAAGAUGGAUUUAAUGAGACCAAUGAAAAGUUGUUUAACACACAUCAGAGCAUUGUAUGGGUUAUGGGUUACAGCCCAGGAUCCCAAGCGUAUAUAUCUUUUGGGUAACCUUUGACCAAAGUUAUUAAGAAAAACUGCUUGGAAAGUCAGGAAGACAGGAACAGGGGAAGUGGUUCUGUUUAAGUCAUUACAGGCAGACCUGGGAAGAGGGAAAAAUAUUUUCUGGAGAAAGGGCCACAUUUGUAAUGGAGUAUCUCUCCUUGCUGAGAACCCAGUAGCUCACCAACUGAGACGUGGCAGCUGUUCUGCUCAGAGGCGUGUCCUCUGUCUGACAAGGCGAGUGUAACCCUCAUGGCCAGGUGAGCAAAUGAGCAAACUGGCCUCCACUUUAAAUGUUUAGAACCCUUAAGUGAUACUUUUCAGACUUUUAAAAAGGUACAGUUUUAUAAGCCAUUAUCAAUAUUUAAUAUUUAUCAAUAUUUACUAUUGAAAUACCUGACAUGAUGAAUUAAUAAAUUAAAGGUAACAUCAUAAAUUCAUGGAUUUUCUUGGCAGCAUUGACUUUCUGGAGAGGACACACUCAAAAUGUUUUUGUAAAAUAUUUAAUUCAUGGUUAUAAAUUAUACAGAAAUCAGUAGAAGCUGUUUUUAUAUGUUAACAUGUUUGUUUUUUUAACUUGUUAACUUGGAAUCAUUUUAGAUUUACACUAAAGUUGCAAAGAUAGUAUAGAGACUUACCCCUAACGUUAACGUUUUACGGAACUGUGAAACAUUUGUUAAGAAGCCAACACUGGUGAUGGCUGUUAACUAACCUCUAGACUUGACUUGGAUUGUACUGGUUUUCCCCUCAGGACCCAGGAGGAAAACACAUUGCAUUUGGUCAUCGGGUCCGAUUAGCUCUGCUCUCACGUCACGGCUCCUCAGUCCUUCCUUGUUUUUCAUAACCGUGACAGUUUUGAGGAGGACUGGUCAGGUGUUUUGUAGACGGUCCCUCAGUUUGGGUUUCUCUGAUGUUUUCUUCAUGAUUGAACUGGGGUCAUGGAUUUUUAGGAAGAAAACCACGGCUGAAAGGUUCUUCUGGCCGCAUCGUAUCAGCGUUGAAUGCUGUGGGCUUGUGUUAACUCUGGGCGCUGGGUCAGGUGGUGUCUGUUGGGUCCUCCAUGUAGAGGCACUGUGUCCCUUUCCAUCCUUCUGUUCUUUGGAAGCCUGUCACCAAGUGCAGUCGGUGGGAGGUGGGCAAGAUUAUUUAUGUUCCGCCUCCUGGAAGGGGGAGUGUCUUUAUGUAGUACUUGGAACUCUUCUUUAAGAAAGAUUUCUCUCUCGCCCGUUUAUUUAUUCAAUUAUUUAUAUCAGUAUGGACUCGUGUAUUUCUUUUAUACCUUGGGUAAUAUUUAUUUUGUUGCUCAGUCGUUCCGGCUUGGCUAUUGGGAGUUAUGUCAGGUUGGCUCCUGUGUCUUUGACGUGUCCCAUCCUUUUGAUUUUUGAGCACUUCCAUGCUUUUCUAACAAGAAAGUAGGAAAGUUGGUUCAGGCUCAUCUUGUAUAGCCCCAGCCCUCGAAUCAGCCUCUUCUCCAGGGAGCCCUGGUUCCCUUCCUUGGAGAAUGGUUUCCAGUGGGACUUAGACACCAAGAUCUGGGCACUGGGAUGCGCUCCUUGCUCCUGAGGAGUCACUGCUUCCAGACCCGCCCAGCAGACAGAGCUAGGAAAUGAGUGUGUAUAUGAACCCAUGGAUGUGUGCAUAUCUGUAAUUAUUUCUGUAUGUGUAUAUAUAUUAAGCUGAGCAUGAGUUCGUACUGAUGUCCUCACUCAAAUCCUGUACCACAUGGCAUAUAUUUAGAUUUAGGGAUGGUAUUUUCCCUAGCCACAGAAUAAAAUUUAAAAACAAGCAAAAUGCCCCCCAAAACUAGCAGCUCUUUACAAGAAAUGUGAUAUUGAUAUUUUAAAGUAAUAAAACUGUAUUACCUGUAAA